CACGGCGUUCCCCGCGUCGCUGGCGGCAUCCCGGACAAGAGCGAGCAGACACGCGAAAAGGAACGCAAGCACAUCGAGCAGUACAAGCAGCUGGAAUCGGAGGUGACGGAGAAGAUCCGUGCAAAGGACUAUUCCAACACCACCCUCCAGCUGACCUCGAAGCUCUUGUCCGCGAACCCGGAGUACUACACAAUAUGGAACUAUCGCCGCCUGAUACUGGAAGAUGUGUUUGCGAAAGAGCUGGAGACCAAGGCAGACUCGGUCGAAGAGGGUGAUGCUGCGGCAGCACAAGAAGCUGGCCUCACAACCGCUCAACGAGAGAUAGCCCUACUCGUCAAGGAGGAUUUACAAUUUCUCGUCCCACUACUGAAGCAAUACCCCAAGUGCUAUUGGAUAUGGAACCACCGUAGUUGGCUUCUCGCCACCGCCACAAAACAUGUUCCACCUCAUGGUACCCUCCCGCUCUGGCAAGCCGAGCUCGGUCUAGUGAGCAAGAUGCUAUCACUCGACAGCCGCAAUUUCCAUGGAUGGGGAUAUCGGCGAGACGUGGUGAAAAACUUGGAGGACCUGAGCGGGAAGAGUAUGGUGGAGCCCGAGUACGAGUACACCACGAAGAUGAUACAAAGCAACCUCAGCAACUUCAGCGCUUGGCACAAUCGAGGCCAGCUUAUACCACGCCUGCUGAACGAGCGUCAGGCGGACUCUGCGCAGAGGAAAGAGCUGUUUGAUGCCGAAUUCGAACUCGUCACUCGGGCUUUGUAUACUGAUCCGUACGACCAGAGUCUUUGGUUCUACCACCAAUAUCUGAUGUCUGCUCUGGAUUCGAAGAACCCGCAUGCGCCCGAGAUACUCUCGCCUUGUACGAAUUCGGACAGACUACACUAUCUGGAGCAGGAAAUUGACAGCAUUCGCGAGAUGCUAGACGGCGCCGAGGACUGCAAGUACAUCUACCAGGCGUUGUUGGAGUAUGCUCCGCGCUACUUCGUGGUGGAGGCUGGCAACAAGGCGAUUACGCCUGCUGAGAUGACGGACUGGCUAGAUGAGUUGAAGAAGAUUGAUCCUCUGAGAGCUGGCAGGUGGGAGGAUCUGGGCAGAGCGCUGAAGCUUUGA